UGAACAUUGAAUUGAUUUGUGAGUCGUAGUACCACUAACUCGUUAAAUGUUGCUAUGAUUUGUUCUUUCUUUACAAUUUUCAUCGUUGUUCGAUCAUCUAACAUAACAAGUUCGAUAUAAAGUCACUAUGCGUCGAUGUUAACGUGAUAAAAAUAAAAAAUCUGACGGAAGCAUUCAGCUACAAACAAACAAAAACUAGUUCCAUCGUGGCUUCUCCAAUGUCCCUGAACCUUCUGGAGACUCAGCCGCGCACCCGCUUCACAUCUUCUAAUAUAUAAGAAGAGGUCUACGCUUCUGGGCAACACAUCUCCGUGUUCUCAUCUUCCCGCAAGCUGUAGACUCAAUCGGCAAGGAUCAGACAACAAUGGCGGACGGAAUUUUCGGGCACCCAAUCAGGCGACUGUUCUGGAGCCCCCCAAUCUUCAGGGAAUGGUCCGGUUCCACAGCUCUCAUGGACUGGCUCGAGUCUCCAACUGCCCAUAUCUUCAAAAUCAACGUUCCAGGGUUUAGCAAGGAAGAGAUAAAGCUGCAACUGCAAGAAGGGAACGUGCUUCUCGUCAGGGGAGAAGGCGAGGAGGGCAAUAAUAAGAGAGAGGAGGCGCUGUCCAAGGACGCAGUGUGGCACCUGGCGGAGAGAGGCGCCGGCGGGAAGGGGGAAUUCGCCCGGGAGAUACAACUGCCGGAGAAUGUGAAGGUGGAUCAGAUCAAGGCUCAGGUGGAGAACGGGGUUCUCACCGUCGUCGUGCCCAAAGAUAAUUCCUCGAAGCAAUCCAGAGUGAGGAACAUCGCCAUUUCCAGCAAGCUCUGAGCAAUUGGGUUGGGACAAAAAAAUCUCUUGUUACAUGCUUCUGGGUUUCGUUUGAUGUAUGUAAGACAAUAAUAACUUACAGAGACUGAUCUAGAUUACGAUUGAAAGCUUGUCUCCCUGGUUUACUGUCAGCUGCAAAUUUCAAGCUGUGUUACUUGUUUUCGAGUGUUUAACUUGGGAACUGAGUGGCAAUGGAGCACUAAUCCUUCGUUGGACUGGUGGCGGGGAGGGUUUGGUGCAAGUUACUAUUGUGCCACCGUAGUCUCCACCCUGGUUCGAGGAUUGGUGGACUGAAAGAGAGAAGAGAAAGAAUAGGCAAAAUGUUGUUGUUUGCUGAUACUUUGGGCAAAUGUAGUUCUAGCUAGCUACAUCCAAGUAUUCAACCGCAACAAAGUAAAUAAAGGUAUUCUAAAAUACCUUUCUUUUUAGCACAUUUGGUCUUCAUCUAUACGUGAAAGGUCAAACAUUGAAAGUAAUUUAAUUCAACAUCUCGAGAAAUUUCACUUAAUCCUGGAAUUUGUCAUCCCAGAUUGGGAAAGACAAUCCAAACAUUAUAGAUCUUUACCCAUCUAAUAGAAAUAUUGAAAUUGAACUAUCAGUUAUGAAUACUUAGGGCAUGUUUGGAGGAUGUGAUUCAUACAAUUGAUGUAUUUUAUCAAUUAGUGUAUUGUAAAUAUAUGCAUUCUAUCAAUUGUUGCAUUUGGUAAAUCCCUUGUUUGGUGUUGUAUAUUGUACUUUUCACCUAACCUAAAAAUAGUACACUUUUCAUAUUGAUGGGCAUAAUUGCCCUUCACCAACUCCUCCUUCCUUUAUAUCCAUUCCAGGUUGGCAGGGAAGGCUAUUAGGUCGGGUAAAGCAGCAACGAGAGGAAAAUAGAAGUGGGUUCCAGCCAAAUGACGGAUACGCGACAAUUCCGGCGAAUCCACGACAACGACCAAGAAGAAAUCUCUGUAAUUUGCAAGUGAGACUCUCCUGCAACCGUUAGGACGCUGCAUACAACGGGUAAUCCAAAUAGAAGGAGAGAGGGUUGGUGGAGGAUGAGGUUAAUCUUGGUAUAAAGAAAAGAAAAUAGGGAUAGAAAUGGAAUAGAAAGUUAGGCCACAAUCAUUUGUUUACAAUCUCUCAUUAAAGGAGAGAUUGUAAAUCAUCCAUUAUGAAGGAUUGUGAGUGGGCCCAAAAAAGUAAUGCAUGUAUUUCAGCCCAAAUUAAACCAAAAAGCCAACUUAGGGGUUGUUUGGAAGUUGUGAUUCUUCAAAUUGAUGUAUUGGGACAAUUAGUGUAUUAUCAUUUGAUGGAUUGAAUUAAUUGAUGUAUUAGGUAAAUAUCUUGUUUGGAGGUUUAGAUUGUGUUUUUGUUCCAAAUGUAAAAAAGUUAGUAUUGAGUGAUUGUGAAGAAUCUCAACAAUAAGCAGAGAUUGUAAAU